AUGAACGACGCCGAUCUGGGGGAUAAUAUCGAGCAGCGCGUGGCCCAGUCGGAGCAGGCCAAGGCCCAACGAGACAAGCGCUUCCAGAAUGACGAUGCCCACUUGGAUCCGAGGCUUAUCAUCGUCAACGCCAUCCAGCUGGCCAUCGCCAUCAUCUCGAAUGUAUUCCUCCUGCUGAACAUGGCCCGCCGGGUCCGCUUCUCCCUGGCCCAGCCCAUCACUAUCGUGGGCUGGUAUCUCUCUGCGAUCUGCCUAAUCGCUCUCAAUGCCACUGCCUCGGGACCACUCGUGAUUGAACCGCGAGAGGAGUACAUCAACUCCCAGGCCUUCUACUAUGGCAUGUUCGCAGCCAUUCUAUACUUCGUCACCGCCUCCCUCAUGGUCGUCACCGUGUACGGCGCUUACACCCGCCACUACGCAGAGGACUUUCAACUCACCACGGCGCAGCGCACCCUCAUGCUGCAGACGAUCCUCUUCCUCCUCUAUCUGCUCCUCGGCGCUCUCAUAUUCUCCACCAUCGAAGACUGGUCUUACCUUGAUGCUGUCUACUGGGCCGACGUGACGCUCUUCACUGUCGGUUUCGGCGACUUUGCAGCCGCCUCACCCCUGGGCAGGGCUCUGCUCAUCCCCUACGCCCUCAUCGGAGUCAUCAGCCUCGGUCUGGUCAUCGGCUCCAUCCGCAGCUUGGUUCUCGAACGCGGCCGCCGCAGACUGGAUGCGCGCAUGGUCGAGAAGAAGCGCCGGCAGCUGAUCCGCACAAUGACCCGCAAGGGAAAGGACGACAUCCUCAAGCCCAUCCCGUCCAACGUCGAGUCUCCCAUCUCGGAUGCCUCGCCCCUGCCGGCCACCGAGUUCGAGCGUCGCCAGGAAGAGUUCAACCUCAUGCGCAAGAUCCAAGAUUCUGCUUCUGUCCGUCGCCGCUGGAUGGCCAUGUCCAUCUCCUUUUCGUCCUGGCUCAUCCUCUGGCUCGUCGGCGCCAAGAUCUUCCAGGAGUGCGAACGUCCGUACCAGAACUGGUCGUACUUUGAGGGCUUCUACUUUGCCUUUGUCACACUGACCACCAUCGGUUACGGAGACCGCACCCCUGUCUCUAAUUCGGGCAAGGCAUUCUUCGUCUUUUGGUCGCUCCUGGCGCUGCCGACGAUGACGGUCAUGAUUUCGAAUGCAGGAGACACCGUCGUCAAGGCCGUCCGCGACGCCACGCUCGAGCUUGGAAACGUUACCAUCCUGCCGGGAGAACGCGGCUUCCGCAAGGAGCUCCUCGCUCUGCUGGACCGAUGGACCUGCGGCGUGAUAUUCAAAGGGCCGCUCAUGGACGAGGAAGACGAGCUGCCCCCGGGCUUCCUUGGGAAUGCCCACCGGCUGGAGCAGGGCAGCUCCGAGGAGGACGACAACGACACGGACGCCUACUCCUCCGUCCCCGAUCCCACCUCAGGCCGACAGCAGUCCCGAUCUCGCGACCCCACGGCACCGCUGCCAUCCUCUCGUGCCGAGUACCAUUUCCUACUCAUCUCGGAGAUAGCCGCCGUCCGCCAGCAUUCCAAACAGAAGCCCGCGAAAAAGUACUCGUUCGCCGAGUGGGCGUGGUACCUGAAGCUGAUUGGGGAGGACGAAAGCAGCUCGGCCACGCACCGCAAGGCUCGUCCGCAUAUCCACUCCAAGAAGAAGAAAAGCAGACGGAGGAAGGUGCGCGAUGAGGAUAUGGAGUGCCCUGACGAAGACAAGUGGUCGUGGGUCGGGUCGCAGUCGCCGCUGAUGGGGAGCCUGGAGGAGUGCGAGUGGAUUAUCGAGAAGUUGACGGAGAAGUUGCGAGACGAGCUUGAUGUUGUCCGUGGCGAGAGCAGCAGCAGCGACGUGCGAGGCGAGAAGGACGCCGGGGAUGAGAUUAUGUAG